AUGGAAGGCUAUCAAGUACUUCUUAGAUACUAUAUCUUCGUAAUAGGGAUCUUUACUACACUUCCAAGUGUUUCUAGAGGUAACACUCUAACCUGAGUUCAAGCAGUCUAUAUUUUCAGUAGUCUGGCUGCUUUGGAAAAUAUUAAUUUUUUUCGGUACAUUCCUAAAGCUACCAUUUUUUCCUUUGUCUUUUGAACAGCUUUCAGCCAAGGUUCCAUUAACAACUUUGUCUAUGUCAACUUCAUGAUAAGUGAAUUUUCCUACCUCAAUAUCACAAGUAUUGGGCGGAAUCUUAUUCAAGAAGAAAACGAUUGUGGCUACGCCUGUCAAGAAAUUCCGUCAUGUUUUUCCUACAACGUGGCUGUCUUCCCUGAUGUCAACGGCAAACUUCUGUGUGAACUCCUCCCAUCGGACAAAUAUAACAACUCGGAUACGUUCAACGCCAGCAAAGAGUUUCAUCAUUUUUAUAUUCCGGUGAGUCAAACUACUUAUUUAUUACAACUUUUUCAUUUGAAGGAUAAUAAAUAACCCUCUCAUUUGUCUCCCUAGUUAUUAGUUUCGGAAGUUAGCAUUUGUAAAUAAGACACGUGUCUCUUUGGUUGGAGAAUUAGUCUCCAAUGCACUGACCGAACUGUGCUUCAAAUGCAAAAGAAAACAAGUUUGCUAGGGAAUUUGCCUUUAAGCCAUGAAAAAGGAGAGGCGGGGGGUGGGAAAAAAAAAAAAAAAAACCAAGAACGUUUUCCAGUAGUAAUACGCCUGCCUAUUUCUAAUGGAUCAAUCCCUGACAUACUUUAUGAAAUUAAAAUCGCUAUUACCUUCGAAUGUCAGGCAGAUUCAAAUAAAUCUUCCAAACAAAAUAUUUGCCUUAAAAAUUACUCAAAGUUCAAUACAUCUUAUUGUUUUAGCCUCUCUUAUCGUAAUCUCCCAGAUAUACGAUCCCUUAUUUCUCUCACAAAAAUUGUCCAAAUUAUUUUCGAUUGUGGAGCAAAAUUGUCAUCAUCAGCACAAGGUCUUGAAAUUCGGUGACAUGGCCACAAAUUUAGUUCAUAAAACAGAAUUCAGUUCUAAAACCUCUGACGAAUGGCUGGGCUGCAUGGCCACAUCUGAGCCCUGUUUUAAAAUAUAUUGUACGCUGUUGUCGGUUCUUAAUAAUUAAUAAAAUGACAUCACUGAAGUAGGAAACAAACUAAAAGGAGAAGAAGGAACUAAAAUUCAAGCGAACUUGUUUUCAUAACUUAAUAGAUUUACAAUAGGAUGAAGGUUCGAAGUUGUUAACCUCUUCUAAUGAAGACAAGAAAACUGCUCGACUAGUUUUCUUUACUUAAAGUGAACUAAGACCAGGUUAAUUUAAUUCCAUUAUCACAGUGUGUCUCUUGUCCUGCUUAUAGUUGAUAUAUUACCAUUACAGCAACACAAAUAAGCUACUGGAAUACACACUUAAUACAGCUAAUUCGUAUUUAUGCCUGCUUGUUGAAGCAAUGCAAAUAAAAUAACCUGUGAGACUAAGGGGACUUAUUCGCUCUAUAGUGUUUGCCUUUCCUGUUUGAUAUUGCCAUAGGAACGCACAUUUAAAGCUAGAAUUUCCACCUGCAGUUAUCAAACCGCUCGUAUUUUGUUCUUUCUGAACAGUUUUCGUGACUGCGCUACAAAUCAGUAUAACCAAUUCCCGAUGUUUUUUUUUUUUCCAAGCCUUUUUAAAGCUUCCCCGCCAGCAGAGGCCACUUUUCACGAUAUUCGGCAGGUGGAAAGAAAAGCCGGCUUGCCGUCAAUACCCCUUUAUUGUUUUAGCCUUCCGCCAUUAACUUGAUACACCAGUUUUAUCGAUCGUAAUAUGCCGAAUAGACUAUCUCCCAUUUCUCUUACAAUGAUUGUCCAACUUAUUUUCGGAUUGUUGACCAAAACUGUCAUCAGCACAACGUACGUUUUUAAAUUCGGUGGCAUGGCCACAAACUUUAAGUUCACAAGACAGUGUUGAGUUCAGUUCCAAAACCUCUAACAUUUAAAGCUAGAAUUUCCACCUUUAAUUAUCAAACCGUUCGUAUUUUGUUCUUUGUGAACUGUUUUUGUGACUGCGCUGCAAAUCAGUUUUACCAAUUCCCGAUUAUUUUUCCUUUUAAGCCCUUUUAAAGCUUCUCUUCCAACAAAGGCCUCUUUGCAAGAUAUUCGGCGGGCGGAAGGAAAUCCCCACGAAUACCAUGAAAAGAGGCAUAUUUCUACUGGCGGUGGCAGUCCUAUAAUAUUUCGUAACAGCACGAAAAAGUCUGCUAAAAGCGUCACGCCGCAUUAUUAUUGAGAAAGUAAUACGAAUAAGUGCGUCAAAUCUAAACUAGUAAUAGCUGUCACUACAGCUAGCUGCCCCCGCUCUAUAUGUUGUUGGUCAAUAGUUUUCUUAUUGUGUAGCUCUUUGAAAAAUACCGACUCUUAAUGAAGAUUCUCACACAUAUUCCAUACAAUAAGCGAGAUAAAAACAGGAAACCAAGGUUCCAUGCACUGAUUCAGUUCGAUUCACACAGCUUUGAACAAAACAUUCUCAGUUUCGAGAAUAUUUUAUGUUAAACCGUAAAAAAUAAAAAAUAAAAAAGAAUUAAAGUUGGAAUUUUUCGCUAUUUCUCUUUCACCUCCCGCGUUCUAAUCAUUUUAUUCUUGUUGUUGUUAACUAUCAAAACAAUAAAAAAAGUCUAGUUAGUUAGAAUUGAGUCUCGCCUUAAUUUUGUCUAUUCAGUCCUUAUUAUUAGUCAGUUGGUCUCUAAUUAAGCAUCUGCGCAUCAAAGGAUAUUAAGUGUAAUUAUGGCAUUCUCUAUAUAUAAUUACACGAGCUUAUUACAUGGAGGAAGGUGUCCUUAAAACACUGACAUAUACCACAUUCACAACAAAACUGAAACGAACACUCGAUCUCUGCGGCUACGAUAGCUCGCCUUUCUCUGGACACUACUUCAGGCGAGAGGGUGCUUCAUUUGCCUUGCAUUGCGGCGUGCCUAGCGAUUAUAUUAAGCUACAAGGCGACUGGAAAUCGACUGCAUAUGAGCGUUACUUAGACCAUUCACUACGCUACAACUUAGAGGCUCUCCAACAGAUGAGCCAGGGUAUCACUCACUAACUCCCCUUUUCUCUCUUUGGUGGUUUGGAGGGUAUCGCGCGAUGGUCUAGGCAAUAGAGACCCAGAGAACCCCAAAGGGAGUUGUUGUGUAUUUAGUGAGUGAUAAACCUGUUUAUCAGGAUUAAAUACAUGUGGUGGACGUUCAGCGCCAAGCCCAUGUAUAUAUACAAGCUGCUGCCACGUGUGAGUGAUUAUGCGAUUCUGGCCAGCUGAUGCGUUGAACACGAUUGUAAGCUUUUCUUGUCCCAUCCCUCCCUCCCUGAAGGUAUCGCGCGUGGUCUAGGCAAUGAAGACCCAAAGAACCCCAAAGAGAGAUGUUGUGUAUUUAAAGAGCUUAUUACAUGCCAACCGAAGAUAAUUUUAGCUUUUUUUUUUAGCUUGUAACGGCGCUGAAAAUGCAAUUCAAAUUUCAUAUCGUCAGCGAUCAUUUUAGCUGUCGAGCAAAGUAGAAUCCUGACAACCUCGUCCCCAGGGCUUUUCCCUUAAAAAAUGGGCUAAAUAAAUAUGUUUUAUUUAUUUAUGUAUUUAUUAAUUCACUUUUUUAUUUGUUCAUCAGUCCGCUCGCUUAGACACAGAUAUGACUAAUAACAUUUUUGCUAGCUAAAAAGUAAAUAAAGUCCGGAAGAUAAAUCGAUAUUUUGUGGGCGUUUUCACUAAAUAAAACAAUUAUUCCACUCGCACUUGCUCCGUCUGAGAUGAUUGCUGAGCUAGCCCAUAUCCAACAACCGGCAGGUGGAGUAAUUGUGUUAAGAAGGGAUCCAUCAGGAAAUUGAGUAAUUUUUAUUUUCAGUGGUCAAAAACCUUGUACCAGAAUAAUUUAAACAAUAUCGCAUUCUGUUUUUACAUUUUUAAAGGGCUAAAGAUGAAAUUAGUUACACGUGUAAUAACCCCAAAGAAAAUUUCUUAUGAUAGGACGAGAAAAUAAAUGUCAAAUUUCAUAAAAUGGCAUCUUACACAUGACAUUUUCAGAGUUUUACCUUUGUUUUCACAAUUUUUGUGAAAAUUUGACAUUUAUUUAUCGGGCUCCCAUAAAAAUAGUAUUUGUUGUUAUUACAGUUAACUAACUUGUAUAUAAAUAGCCCUUGAAAAAUGUAAAAAAGAAAGCGAUUUUGUUUAAAUUAUUCUGGUACCAGGUUUUUUUGUCCACUAAAAAUUGAAAUUACUCUAUUUCCUGAUGGAUUCCUUCUUAAUGCUACAUGUAACUAAAACUUGGGGCUCAACUUGGUCGACGAAAGUCAAUAACUGAAUUUGCCGUAAAUUCAGCAUCUGUCUAAUAUGGAUAAAUGUUAUGCGUCACGUUACAGGAUAUUUUGACUUUGACAUAAAAUCAUGGUCUUUACUUACAGCCGUAUCCUUUCCUUUGUGUAGUCUCCUUGUGACAGUUCGCCCUGUAAGAACACUGGAAAAUGCACUUCGUUGUACCAGGAAAAUGGAUAUAAGUGUAUCUGCGUGGAAGGAUUC